AUGGUAAUGCUGUGGAUGGCCUCUAGGAGAAGCGGCACAACCAGCUGCCUCUCCUGCUGCCCUGCAUCUUCCCUGUGUGAAGGCAACGAGGAGUAUACUCCCUGCCAGACCUCCAGCGUUGUAAUGUCAUUGACCAACGCCGCAACAGUGCGUGUCUCGGUUUCUAUUCCCUCGUGUUUUGCUUGCGGCGGCGUGGUAGGGCCCGUCCCAUUGGUGCUUAUCACAAGCAACCAACACGCUCCAGGCGGAGGGCCGUUACGUAUGACGUCGGCAACCACGAAACCUGCUAGCACAGCAGCCAGCGGUAGUGCUGUUUCAACGACGCCAACACGCUUCCGCCGGCGUGGGAGCGGCUAA